UGACGUCUUCAAUAUUAGUGUAAAUUUAUUUUAAUAGCUAACCCGGUGCAGUUUUUUUAUUUUUUAAAAUUCCAUUUUUAAUUUUACAGUAUUCAAUACUUAACAUUUAUUUUAAUUAGUAUUUUAUUUCAUUAUAUCUCAUUAAAACUUCAAAAUGUCUUCAGCAUUGUUUUUAUCACGUGUCAGAUGAAUGUAAAGUAUGAAUUGCGUGACAGAGAACUUGUCAAGAUGCCAUCGAUGUGACUUUUAUGGAAUCAUUGAGUGACAAAGUAGCAUUAUUCAAUCGGCAGGCUAAUAACCACGAAAUAAACCAAAAAAACAAUCCUUUCACAAGUGGUAUGAACAUUGACAAACCGAAAUUUUCAAAAGAAGAAUAUGGCAGGCCAGCUGCGGGGUCAUUAUCGGAUAUCCGUGGACGUAAAGCAACGGCUCAUAUACUCAAAGAAAUUCUUGAACUCUGUGAUAUUAUUCAUCAGAACGGACAGCCUUGUAAAGAUGAUCCAAAUAUAACAGGCAUUACUUUUGGUGAUUUAUUCAAUAUUUACGUUGCUAUUAGUGAUAAAUGUGUUGGGUUAUUAUUGAGAGCAAGAAAGCAAGGUUUUGUUCAAUUUGAGGGUGAAGUUCUAUUCCAAAGACGUGAUGAUGAUGUACCAAUUUUUUUAGUGAAGCCUAUCGCUGACAUUAGGCAAACAUUGAAACAAAAAAUUGAAGAUUCUAAACGGGAAACGAUGUUUCACUGACAAAAACUCACAGCUUUAAAAACAAUUAUUGUUUCAUAAAUAAAAUGGAUUUGUGAAUUAAGAAUGAAUGUUUUUGUACAUACAAUUGAGCUGUACAUAUUUUAAGAACUUUUAAAAAAUAACGUUUAUGUGAUGUGAUAUA